CUCCGUAGCCAUGGCAACGGCCCGUCACGUUGGCUGGGUCCAUGCGGGAGGGGGAGGAGCUCCUCCCGUCGCGACCGAGCGCCAUGGAGGCGGCGGCUCGGUGACACCCGCGCGGACCGUUACCCGGCGGCGGCGAGCCGGCAGGUUUUCUUGACUAGUGGAGUGUGAGAAAUAGAGACCGAAGAAGAUGAGUGAGCUGGAACAGUUACGGCAGGAGGCAGAGCAGCUGCGAAAUCAAAUCAGAGAUGCAAGGAAAGCAUGUAGUGACACAACUCUUGCUCAGAUCACAACAAGUCUGGACUCAGUGGGUCGAAUUCAAAUGCGAACAAGGCGUACGCUUAGAGGUCACUUAGCUAAAAUCUAUGCUAUGCACUGGGGAUCUGACUCAAGGCUACUAGUCAGUGCUUCUCAAGAUGGAAAAUUAAUUAUUUGGGAUAGUUAUACAACAAAUAAGAUGCAUGCCAUUCCUUUGAGAUCCUCCUGGGUGAUGACUUGCGCAUACGCACCGUCCGGAAACUACGUUGCCUGUGGUGGAUUGGACAACAUCUGUUCCAUAUACAACUUAAAAACCAGAGAGGGCAACGUGAGAGUGAGCCGAGAGCUGCCAGGGCAUACAGGAUAUUUGUCCUGUUGUCGCUUUCUGGAUGACAACCAAAUUGUCACUAGCUCAGGAGACACCACUUGCGCUUUGUGGGAUAUUGAAACUGGUCAACAGACCACCACAUUCACUGGGCAUACUGGCGAUGUGAUGAGUCUCUCUCUAAGUCCAGAUAUGAGGACUUUUGUUUCGGGUGCCUGUGAUGCCUCCUCGAAGCUUUGGGAUAUUCGAGAUGGAAUGUGCAGGCAGUCGUUCACAGGGCAUGUGUCAGAUAUUAAUGCAGUUUGUUUUUUCCCUAAUGGACACGCAUUUGCCACUGGAUCUGAUGAUGCCACUUGCCGACUCUUUGACCUACGUGCAGAUCAAGAAUUAAUGAUGUAUUCACACGACAAUAUCAUCUGCGGCAUCACUUCUGUAGCCUUCUCAAAAAGCGGUCGCCUCUUGCUAGCAGGUUAUGACGACUUCAACUGCAAUGUCUGGGAUACUCUGAAAGGGGAGAGAGCAGGUGUCCUUGCUGGCCAUGACAACCGUGUCAGCUGUUUAGGUGUUACUGAUGACGGCAUGGCUGUAGCUACAGGGUCUUGGGACAGUUUUCUCAGAAUCUGGAAUUAACUGGGAGCCAAACAUGUACAUUCUCCAUUUGAGAUCUGGAGAGAUCAAUGCUGCAGCCUAUAGCUGUGAAAUAACAUUUCUACCUUGUAUUUGCAGGUGAAGUUUUUCUAUUCACUGAUUAUUACACAAAAAGGCUUUCUGUAAACUAGAAUAAAAAUCAAGUGAAGAAAUAGGGGAGGGGGGAAGAAAUCACUGACUUUUUAAAAGGGGCCAGCACACAUAAUCAUGGUGACCGACAAACUAAGAGCCAGUCUUUUUGUUUUUGGUGGUUUGGUUAGAUUGUCCUUGAAGGGUUUUUGCUUGUGCUCAGUCUGCUAAUCCUGUACUUUUUUUUUUUUUUGUACAUAACAGAAUAUACACAUUAUAGCAGCCAAUCAUGUAACAUUUGUCUGUAUGUAAAGAAAUAUGUUUGCAUUUUUUAAGGAACUACAUUUAUAGCUUUGCUUUUAACCGGAGAUGUCACUUCUGAGUUUUGUAGUGGAUGAACUAGAUUGCUGUUUUAAAUGUUUUUGUGAAUUUACUGUAGAUAAAGUGAAGCCAAUGGUAUGUAUGUGUUUUUAUAAUGGAAGGCAUUUGAAUUUUUUUUUAAAGGCCCUGGAGACUCCCAGUUAAUACCUACCGCCUUAUUCACUCACUUCUUGACCUGCUUGCCUAUUUUUAAUCAUGGGGGUUCUUCCUUCAAGCCAGUGGUUCCUGGUUCAUCCAUUGGCAGUCAUGGCCUCCAAACACCAAGGAGUUAACGCCAGGCAGACUUGUAACAACAGCAAAAAUAAUUAAAAAAUAAAAUAUAUAUUUAAAAAACCAUCCAGUUCCAGAGGUAUUAGCUUCCUUACUGCAGCUUUUUGCAUCAGUUAUUCCACGCGGUCCUUGGGUAUGGAAGCCCAGUGACCUGCAUUGCUGCCGUUAAGUGGCUGAGUGCUUUUCCUUUUGACAAUUCAGCUCUAACUCAAUGAGGUAGUUUUGGCCCAUCACAAACUCUAGCUGAUUUGCACUAACAAAAUGAUUUGGCGUGAUGCUCAGUGUGCAGAAAGCAGUGUAUUCGCAAAGCUUGCUCAAUUACCACAAUCAACUGAGAAAUUCAGGAGGACUUUGCUUAAAUUCCUAAAGAUUUAAAUGUGCAGUUAAUCGCCUGUAAUCCCCCUCCAAAUUAGGAGGUUGCCAAAGCAUACCACAACCAAAAGCGCUUGUUGUCAGUUAUGUGCAGUGUGAAUUAUAAAAGGAGUUGUGUAACUUACAAUGAACCAAAUAACCUUACUUACCUGUGUGACCCUUUAAAGCUUCAUACUAUAGACUUAGUGACUUGCUUGUUCUCCUGUGGCCACAGAGAUCUGUACCAUGGUGGCUUAUUAGAUGCUAACUGUUCUGCAGCUCUGUCACUGUAAAUAGCCAUUUCCUCUCCUGUUCCUGAUUUUGUUCUGAAUUUGAUGCCAGUUGCUUAUAAAUGAUAGGUUCUGAUAAAGUACAGUUGAGUGUAGAUAGAGGAAAAUCAAGUGACUGAUGCCCAUUUGAAACUACCCGGGAAGAUCGCUUAACUUUCUGGUGCCUGGCAGCAUGCCUGCGCUCGCAAUGGAUGUUCUCUUGGGAAUCUGGAUGUCUGUGGCGGUUUUGGAAAGGGGAAUUAAGUCUAUUGGCUUCUCUUAAGUGACUUACUUUUUAAAGAUACGUGAAUUUUAAAUCAUUGGGUUUGGAAGAUAAAGUUAAUCUGUCCUCAGCUGAAGUUACAGGGAGUCUGGGUAUCUCUGGGUCAGGUAGUAAAUAUAAGUGCCCGGUAUCUUGUAAUAUACCAAACCAGAUUUGUGGCUGAGGUGAUUAUUUGUCAAGUUUCUGACGUUUGUAAUCCUAAAUUUCAGUACUUCCAGACUGUGCCUGUAAACCUGCCAUGUCUAUAAUGGUGAAGGUGCCAAUAAAUGUACCAGUCAAUCACAGUAAAUUCACUUUUACAAAAGGAAAAA